AUGCCUUUCUGGGACAACUCCGAGGAUGCCUACGAGCGCGUCUACAACAACGACCAGUUCGAAGAGCACAAAUCGUCCUUUGGUCACGAACUGGUGGCCGGCGGUGCAGCUUUUGCUGGUUUUAAAGCUUUUGAGGACCACCAGCGCCGCGAAGGAAAGCCCGUAUCCCAUGCUUUCGCCAAAGAGCUCCUCGCCGGAUUCGCCGGAGCGGAAGUCGACAAGCUAGCUGAGACCAAGGGCGAGGAUUGGUUCGACCGUGAGAAGGCCAAACGACAUGCUAAGGAGCACGCUGAGCGCAUGUAUGAUGAACAUUACAUUGAGAACCAAGGGGCGGACCAGUACGAUCCGAACCAGUACGACCGUCCCGAUCGUUUUGAGAGGAGGGGUUGGUAG